AUGCUUCACCUUUCACCUCACAACCACCCAUCUCCACAGCCUCCAUCUGACAAAGUACGGAAGGCCAGAAAGAUCCAGGCCUGGUGGCGAGGUACACUGGUAAGACGUGCACUGCUGAAGGCCGCCCUCAGUGCUUGGAUCAUUCAAUGCUGGUGGAGAAAGAUACUGGCCGCACAGCUGGAGAAGAGGCGCCUGGAGGCUCUGCACUGGAUGACACAAGAAACAAGGGCCUGUGUCACUAUUCAGUCCUGGGUUCGAAUGCUGAUAAUCCGCCAACAAUACUGGCAGCUGCGUUGUGCUGCCCACAUCAUCCAGGUGUCAUGGCGCUGGUAUAACUGCCAUACCCGUGGCUUUUUUGAGGGUAGCUAUGAGCUUGCAGGGAACCAACUAAGUCUCCAGCUUGACAUCUUCCUGGGAUCACAAGUGUGCCGUAUAUCAGACUGCAUAUCUUUGGCAUUAAAGAACUGA